AUGGCCAAACCAAAAAUCCUCGUUGUCGGUUGUGGUGCGACGGGCCUUACUCAUGGCUACUAUUUUUCUGCUGGAAAUGAAGUGACUUUCCUCGUUCGACCUGGUCGGAAGUCUGCCUCCCUCCCACCAAAGAAACUUUAUAACUACGAAGAAGACGCGCUACAUACGUUCUCCAACUACCAAGUCAUCGAGUCAACAGCCGAAAUACAAGACACGGAGUUCAUCCUUGUGUUCAACACACUUGAUAUACACACUGCACGCUCCGAAAGCGGUGCUGCUACGCUGCGCUCUGUUGGCGACAUGAUCCGAGGAACCUCAUCAUUUCUUGUUCAUAAUGUUGCUGGUCCCGGGAUGCUAGACUUUUACGCAGACACAAUGGGAAUUCCGAAAGACAGGCAUAUUCUCGCGCUCAGCAUGCUCGCUCACCAGCCAACAACCAUGAUUUCCUUCCCAGAACGUGCGGAAAAGGGCGUAAUCACCCAGGCAGACAUGCUAUAUAGACCUCAUGCCGGAGGCAUCGGGCUUGUAGUGUUCAAGUCCAACGCGCAUCUCUGUAAAAGACUGUCUGAGGUUUAUUCUCAUGAUAACAAGCUCAAAGUCUUGAUUGUACCUGGGUUUCUCGAGGUAUUCAUUGACCUAACUAUGGUACUGCUUGCUGCGUGGUUCGUCGAUGGCUUCCGCCCGCUUGAUCGACUUCGUACAAACACAAUACUUUGGGAGCUCAUGAUGAAUGCUCAAAGAGACGUCUUAGGCUUGCCUAAAUUCGGCUGGCUCGGGUGGGUCUUACGGUGGUUAAUUGGGUCGUGGGUCACUGAGAACUACUUGUUUCGGCCUCUAGCGGAUCCGAUGGCGCCUCUUCCAAUGCAUGAGUUUCAAUCUUUUCAUCAUGGAGGUAAGGUAGUACAACAGGACCUAAAAUACAUAAUGGGUCUGGUAGAGGAGGGUAAAAAGGUAGGAAGAGAGAUGUCAGCGCUGGAGGAGUUAGCAACAAAAGUAGAGAAGAAAUUAAAAACAAGAGUGAGCGAGGAGAGGAAGAAACUAUAA